GCUGAUCCCGGGAUGAGGCGUUUCCCAGGGAGCUCGGCAGGGACCCGAAGGCUGACGACCACUGCGCCGAGCCACUGAUUAAUUCGCAGACGCACGCGAGCCGGGAGGCCCGGACAGUACAAAGCAGGCGAAGGCGACCCAGCACCGACGGACGGAUCGCCGCAGAGCCUGGCCGAGACGACUCUCGACUCCACUCCACUCCACUCCAGACAGCGACAGACGGACGGAGAGCCCCAGACACGCAGCCCUGCGUCCAGACGGCGCCGCGUCUCGUGAGAGAGACUCCGACAGACGCGGACGAUGCGCAGAGCCCCGCGGCCCGCCGCGCCGUGAGUGCGACGGCGGCAGCGACGACAACGACAGCGCUGCGGCCGUCGCCAGCGAUCGCACCGGCCUGGGCCUCGGCUGCCAUGAAGAGAGACCCGCUGCAGACCCGCCGAGUGGCCGGAGCACCGCCGGCGUGCUGAGCGCCUCCUUGCCCGCGCGCUCCACCCGCAGCCCGACCAUGACGCUCGUGGGGAGCGGGGCCGCGAUCCCUCUUCUCGUGCUGCUGCUGCGGCUGAGCGGCGCGUCCGCUGCCCAGAGUGAGAGGAGAGUGUGCGCCUUCAGUGACCUGCACCACCAGCUCGGGCUCCCAGGCGCCGGGGACAAUGACACAGUCCACUGCCAGGAUGACAGUCAGUGCUACACGCUCUGGGAAAAGACCCCUGAUGGCCUAGUGAAGAUCGUUAAACAAGGGUGUUGGUCCCAAACUGGCGAGCAGCCGCAGUGCCAUAGUAAGGAGUGUGUGUUGACGCCUGUGCCCUUUCCUAUCCACAAUGGCACCUUUCACUUCUGCUGCUGCGAUUCUGACAUGUGCAACGCAAACUUCACGGAGCCCGCCGUGCUGCCAAGCCCCAACAGUGACCAGGCCUACGCCGUCCAUUUUGAGACCAGAGAUUGCAUCUUCAGUGACCAGGACCAGCAUGCCAGGGAUGGCGGUGUCACCAAGGACAAUGGCACAGUCCACUGCAAAGAUAGCAGCCACUGCUAUGGCCUCUGGGAGAAGACGCAUAGCGGGGAGUUGAAACUGAUUAAGCAAGGGUGCUGGCCGCAUAUGGGUGACCAACAGCAGUGCCACAGCAAGGAGUGCGUGGAGACGUCCUUUCCCUCCGUCUUUCAUAACCGCACCUACCACUUCUGCUGCUGCAGCUCCGACAUGUGUAACCAACGCUUCACGGAGCCCACCGCCCCAAUGAGCCCCUCCAGCGCCCUGCCAUACACCUCCCAGAGUGAGAAGCGACUUUGCGCGUUCAGAGACCUGCAUCAGCACCUCGAGGUUCAGGGCACCCGGGAGGGCAUGGACUCCAAAGACAAUGGCACAGUCCGCUGCCAGGAUGGCAGCCGCUGCUAUGGGCUCUGGGAGAAGACGCACGAUGGCGAGAUCAAGCUGCAAAAGCAAGGGUGCUGGCCUCACACCGGUGACCACCAGCAGUGCCACAGUAAGGAGUGCGUGGUGACCACGGGACCCUCUCCCAUCAAUAACGGCACCUAUCGUUUCUGCUGCUGCAACACCGACAUGUGCAACACCAACUUCACCGAGGACUUUCCUCCUCCGAGCCCCACCAAUAUCCUGCCAGAAAGUCGGCCACUUUACCGUGAGGAGACUAUCAUCAUUGCCCUGGCUUCUGUGUCCGUGGUGGCCAUCUUGAUUGUUGCCCUCUUCUUUGGCUACAGGAUGCUAACGGGCAACCACAAGCAGGGCCUUCACAACAUGAACAUGAUGGAGGCAGCGGCCUCUGAGCCGUCUCUCGAUCUGGACAGCCUCAAGCUGCUGGAGCUGAUUGGACGUGGCCGCUACGGGUCAGUAUACAAAGGAUCUCUGGAUGAGCGGCCAGUGGCCGUCAAAGUGUUCAACUACACUAACCGGCAGAACUUCAUCAAUGAAAGGAGUAUCUACCGGCUGCCACUCAUGGAGCAUGACAACAUUGCCCGCUUCAUCGUGGGGGAUGAGAGGCUGACCACAGACAGCCGUAUGGAGUACCUGCUGGUCAUGGAGUACUACCCCCAUGGCUCACUCUGCCGUUUCCUGAGUCUGCAGACCAGCGACUGGGUCAAUUCCUGCCGGCUGGCCCAUUCGGUGACAAGGGGCCUGGCAUACCUGCAUACGGAGCUGCUCAGAGGAGAUGUCCUUGUCUCCACAGAUCACUACAAGCCGGCAGUGUCACACCGCGAUCUUAACAGUCGCAACGUCCUUGUUAAGAACGACGGCACCUGCGUGAUCAGCGACUUCGGGCUCUCCAUGAAGCUUACAGGGAAUCGGUUGGUCAGACCAGGAGAAGAGGAUAACGCAGCAAUCAGCGAGGUGGGGACAAUCCGCUACAUGGCUCCUGAAGUGUUGGAAGGUGCCGUGAACUUGCGAGACUGUGAGUCGGCCCUGAAGCAGGUGGACAUGUAUGCCCUAGGCCUCAUCUACUGGGAGGUGUUCAUGAGGUGCUCUGACCUGUUUCCAGGAGACAGCGUGCCCGACUAUCAGAUGGCCUUUCAGGCAGAAGCUGGCAAUCAUCCCUCCUUUGAGGAUAUGCAAGUCCUGGUUUCUCGUGAAAAGCAGCGUCCCAAGUUCCCAGAGGCCUGGAAGGAGAACAGUCUGGCGGUCCGUUCUCUGAAGGAGACCAUAGAGGACUGCUGGGACCAGGAUGCUGAGGCACGACUCACCGCACAGUGUGCCGAGGAGAGAAUGGCCGAGCUGAUGAUGAUCUGGGACAGAAACAAAUCUGUCAGUCCGACCGUCAAUCCAAUGUCCACUACUGUACAGAAUGAGAGAAACCUCUCCCACAGCCGGCGGGGGCUGCCCAAGAUUGGCCCUUACCCCGACUACUCUUCCUCUUCCUACAUUGAGGACCUACAUCACAGUGAGAGCAUCGUCAAGAACAUUUCCAGCGAUCACUCAUCUUUUGGGACGCCAUGCAGCACCACCACCACCAGUGGGACGGGGCCCGAGAAGAACCGCAAUUCAAUCAACUAUGAACGGCAGCAAGCUCAGGCGCGGAUUCCCAGCCCAGAGACCAGUGUCACCAGCCUGUCCACCACCACGACUGCCACAGCGGGCCUGACCCCCAGUACGGUUAUGACCACCAUAUCGGAGACGUCCUACCCUGAGGAUCCCAGCUGCAGCCAGGCAGUCCCUCAGCAGCCUGGUGGGCCCACUCCUGUGUGCCUGCACCUGACAGAGGAAGACCUAGAAACCAAUAAACUGGACCCCAAAGAGGUGGACAAGAAUCUGAAGGAGAGUUCGGACGAGAACCUGAUGGAGCACUCCAUGAAGCAGUUCAGCGGCCCUGAUCCCCUCAGCACCAGCAGCUCCAGCCUGCUCUACCCGCUCAUCAAGCUGGCUGCUGAGGUCUCUGGCCAACAGGAGGGAUCUGCAGCUGCCAAUGCUGCUCUUAUUCCUGACCUGCCCUCGGCACCAAUCUUCCCGCUUCCCAAGCAGCAGAACCUCCCUAAGAGGCCCACCAGCCUACCGCUGAACCCUAAGAAUCCGACCAAGGAGUCCCGGAUUAAAUUUGGCAGCAAGCACAAGUCCAACCUCAAACAGGUGGAGACCGGAGUGGCCAAAAUGAACACCAUCAAUGCAGCCGAGCCACACAUGGUAACGGUGACCAGCAAUGGCCUGAGCCGGGAUCUUGCUGCCAAUGGGCACGCUGGUCCUUCCUCUCAGUUGCAGUUGGCCAAUGGCACAGUACCCAAUGGCCAGCUGGCCGGCAGCCUACAAUCACAAUUCAGCAUAGACGAAGGCCGGCUGAACAUCAACUCGAGUCCAGAUGAGCACGAGCCUCUGCUGAGGCGGGAACAGCAGGUGAGCCGAGAUGAGCGAGACCACCGAGGGCGGGACGUCGGACGCACAAACUCCAACAACAACAACAACAGUGCGGGGGCUCCAGCGGAGGACAGAGUGGCAGACGCAAACCGGGUGGCACUGAGACGAGCAGAGAGACCCAACUCGCUAGACUUGACGGGGGCUGGCGGGCUGCAGAAUGACCCUUCUGGAGAAAGUCGGCCCGCUUCUGGAGAGAAGAUCAAGAAACGUGUCAAGACCCCUUACUCUCUAAAGCGCUGGCGUCCCUCCACUUGGGUGAUAUCGACCGAGGCCAUGGACGGUAGUGAGGUGAACAACAAUGGCAGCGGAGUGCAGGGGCGGGCAGGCCGCUCCAAGUCUGGCAUGGCAGUCUACCUGGUCGACGGAGGGCCCGGUACUGCCACCCUACCCACGGACACUGGCACCACGUGCCUAUAGAGCGCCUCAGAGACUCGCUUCAUGUAGAGUUGAGCUAUGCAGCAAUUUGGCUUUCGAUGCUUCCAUUUUGGUUAUUCCUUUUUUUUUUUUUUUUUGUUUUUCUCUCUCUUUUUGUUUGAGGAGCUUUUUUGCACUUUUUAUUUAGGUAUCUUUAUAGCACAUGUAAGACUGGAGCCAUGGUCUUAAAAGCGGAAAGACGGCUAGUUGGACCGGAAGCGGGCUUUUGUUGAGAGAGGGGUGGGGUGGGGUGGGGUUUGAGCUUCUUUCGUCUCAUGUAUUCACUUCCUGUCCCGCAUCUGUGAGCGCACCUCUGUGUUCUGUUUGAAACGUGCAAUAGACUUUAGCUUUGCUGUGCUUUUGUUUUCCGCUUCCAGAUGUCGUCUUUCGUUGCUUAUUUUGUAUUUUUGUUUUUAUUUUUUACAGCACUUGUAAGCGGGCUCGCCCUUUGCUGCCCGUCGGCCGUCACGAUUGAGACAAUCCUCCGCUGCCUGGCAACCUAUCCAAAAGUGUGCGCUUGACGCUGGCGGCUCACUACUGGAGUGAGAGCAAUUGCACUUUUUGCCAGUUUUUUCGCUGGGGCGUAUGGCCUUCCAUUGGCCCUCAUGGCGUCCCCCACCUUGGCCCCACGGUGGCCGUUUUGAAAUUGGUGGGAGGGAGGUGCGACCAAGCUGCUCCCAGGCCUGCCGCACCCUGAGGUGUGGCAUCCAUCUUUUUUUUUUUUUUUUUUUGGUUCCUCUGCUUGCCAAGUGGACUGGCGCAGCGAUUCCAUGUUGACCACCCCCCCCCCCCUUCCCCGUCCAGUGGCCCCUCGUAUCCAGGAAACGCCGCCAGCAUGCGAGGCGCACUUUCUGAUUGGACGUGUCUUUUCUGUCCACGCAUGUAAGUACGUGCUUCGGUUACGCAGACGUCUCGAAGGACUGGAUGAGAACCUGAAGUGAGUGACUAAGUGGUUUGUUAAGAAGCAGCAGCCGCAGCAGCUUGCUGUUCAAUUGUGCAUUAUUCCACUGAUUAAAGACUAUAUCACUGA